GUUCAAACAAGCGGCCAGGAAAAUUUUCCAUUAGAGACUGGCUUGCGGGGCGGAUAAUAUUAUCGGUCGAGGUUCAGUCUUGAUAUUAUUCUCUUGACACAAGGAGGUCGUCAGCUUCUAGGCAAUACAGUACGUGAAGGACGGAGGUAUUGGGAUGAAGUCUACUGCAGUGAUAUGGCUACUUUUGGCCGAAAGCACGUCGAUAUGCACCGGUACGAAACCCUUCAAAUCGGACACGGAAAACAAGCCCUUGUUCGUGACACCUUUCAUUGAGGACGGCCGUCUGGAAGAAGCCAAGACCCUGAGUCGCGUGGGAUCCUUGGGGGACGUGGAGGACGUGGCGAGCUACGCAGGAUUCCUCACCGUCAAUAAAGACAUGGGCAGCAACAUGUUCUUCUGGCUCUUUCCGGCAAAGGAGAGCCCAGAAACUGCUCCUGUGAUCCUCUGGCUUCAGGGGGGUCCGGGAAGUUCGUCCAUGAUGGGACUCUUCACUGAAAGUGGUCCGUUUGUCAUCACUGACACUGGAAUUCCUAAGCUUCGGGAGUCCACCUGGACCAGAAGCUUUUCUGUGCUCUACGUCGACAACCCGGUGGGCGCGGGGUUCAGCUUCACCGGGAAGGAACAGGGCUACGCGAGGAACGAGACGGACGUGGGCCGGAACUUGCUUGAAGCCCUGCAGCAGUUCUUCACGCUCUUCCACGAGCUCGCCGAGAACGAGUUUUAUGUCGCCGGAGAGUCAUAUGCCGGAAAAUACGUCCCAGCCGUGGCAUACGCUAUUCACACGGCCGUCCAGCCCAGAAUCCGAAUCAACCUCAAGGGCAUCGCCAUCGGUAACGGUGUGGUGGAGCUGGAAUCCAUGCUGGACUAUGCAGACUACCUCUACCAGCUCGGGCUUGUAGACUACAACCAGGCCGAAAUAGUUCGCCAGUGGUGCGACAAAGCCAGGUACUACAUCGAACACAAACGCUACGCCGACGCUGCAGAGAUAUUCGAUCAUGUUAUUCUAUGUGGUGGCAAUACGACAUGCUACUUAAAACAAGUCACCGGGUUCAACAACAUUUUUAAUUACUUACGAGCAAAUUGGCCAAAAGAGCUGGGCUACUACGUAGAGUUUCUGCAAACUCCUAAAGUUCGAAAUGCGAUCCACGUUGGGAACAUUUCAUUUAGCUCUAGAUCGUUGAUCGUUAGGGCGCAUCUGUAUGAGGACAUAGCGAAAUCCGUAAAGCCCUGGCUAGCUACUUUGAUGGAAGAGUACAAGGUGCUGAUUUACAACGGCCAACUAGACCUCAUCGUCCCGUAUCCACUUACCGUCAACAUGAUCUCAACCAUCAAGUGGUCGGGUGCGGAAGCAUUCAGGAACGCACAGCGGAAGAUUUGGCUGUCUCCGAACGGGCAAGAUGUGUCUGGCUACGUCCGACAGGUGGGUAAUUUAACCGAGGUACUGGUGAGAAAUGCUGGACACUUAGUUGUUCACGAUCAACCGGAUGUGUCGUUGGACAUGAUUACAAAGUUCAUUCGAGGACAGCCUUUUGCCCCAAGAUGAUCCGACAAUAAAUAAAUCAGUUGCAAUUUC